AGUGUAUCAAUUAUGGUAAUCUAGUGUUUCCCUCUCCCCUCCUAGUUUCCCCUUCCCUAUUUUUUUGUUGUUGUUAACUGUGUUUAUACUCUAUUUUAUAAAUGAUGGCUAUUCCAUCACAAUGUUCAUUAGAAUUACUUACAGAUUCAUCAUCUCAUUUAUUAACUAAACCAACUACACAUAUCAUCAAUAAUGAUUGUUUAUCUUAUUCAAUCAAUCCAAUGAUAGAAUCAAUAAUUGAUUCAUCAAAUAUUGAUCAAUUGACUAUAAAAUCAAUAAAUCAUCAUCGUCAUAAUGAUAUAUCAAUAUCAUCGAAUUCUACAAAUGAUUGUCCUAUAGAAACACAAUUAUAUAAUGAAGAAGAGAAAAUUUUAACCCAAUGUUUAAUCCAUGAUAAUACUAAUAAUACUACUAAUAUUAAUAAUACUACUACUGAUAAUAGUAAUCAAUUAUUAAAUGAUUUCUAUUAUGAUCAUGAUCUAUUACAUAAUCCAUAUUUAUAUCAUACAUAUUAUGAUAUUGAUUAUGAUUUAACUGGAAUCCCACCAUUCAAUCAUUCAUCAUUAAUGAAUAAUACUGGUUUAACAAGAUCUACUAGAAAAAUUGAUAAUGAUCCAACGAUAUUAUUAACUUUAUUAAAAUGGGCACGUAUUGGUUCGAAUCAAUUCCAUGGGGAUGAUGAUCUAAUUGAUCGAAUGAAUUAUCAAUAUACAAGUGUAUUAUUAUUAAUUUUAUUAACAUUAACUGGAUUUCGACAAUAUUUAUCUCAUCUCCCAUUACAAUGUUGGAUACCUCAAGAAUUUUCACGUAGUUGGGAAGAAUAUGCUGAACAUUAUUGUUGGGUAACAAAUACAUAUUUUACUAAUGUUCAAUCAGCUAUUCCACCUGUUAAUAAUCGUACAACAGUUGUACGUUAUUAUCAAUGGGCUACAUUUGUAUUCAUAUUACAGGCUGCUGGAUUUUUUCUACCUUGUCUUAUUUGGAGAUUACUUCAGAAUCAUUCAGGAUUUCAUGUUCAACGAAUAAUGCGUAGUGCAAUUCGUUUAAAUUGUGCUGAAACAGAUUCAUCACAAUUAAUUACAUAUGGAUUAGCACGAUAUAUUGAUAAUGUUAUUUAUCAUAGAUCAUAUAAACAAUGGCGUAUUCAUUCACCAAAGAUAAAAUCACAUUUCAAACAUAAAUCAUUAAAGAAUCAUUCUAUGAUCCAAUCCACUCAAAAGUCUACUUCUCAUACAUCAUCUUCUACAACAUUGACAUCAACAUCACAUGAUAUUGGCACUGAGACAAAACUUGUUAAAUUUGAUAAUGAAUCGUUGCCAACUAAACAAACAUCACAUCCAUGUAAAACUUUACCAAGUGAAUGUACCGUGCCAAGAAGUUAUAAAAAACAACGUGCACCACAACCUCCAGUUACCAUCACCACUUCUACUACUACUACUACUACUACCACAACUACUGUUAUUACUACUAAUACUACAACUGCAACUACAGCUGUUAUGGUCACUACAAAGAAUUCUUUAAAAGUAAACUCUGAUCAAAUCAUUUAUACAUCUAGUCCUAUAUUAAAAUCUACAUCAAAUGUUAUACAAUCAAAAUUGAAUUAUUUAUCAUUAAAACAAAAUGAUCAUAGAAAAUUCUAUUCACCUAUAUGUAAUACAUGUGGAUUAUGUUUUAAUAAUUUAUCAAUAAUCGAUAGAAAAAUAAAAACAAGAUCAACUCAACCGUUAGUAACUACUUCUACAAUAACAGAAAUAUCACCACCACCACCACCAUCAUCAUCAUCACCAUCUUCAUCAUCAUCACCCCCACCACCACCACCAACAACAACAACAACGCCAACCGAGUUAACAACCGGUGCAACUUUAUUCAACUCAAAGAAUAAUUCAAAAUUACAAAGUACUCAAUCAGCAUUGAAUCCAUUCCAACAAAAAUCAUCAUCAUCAUCAUCAUCGUCAUCAUAUUAUAAUCAACAACAAUCAAUGAAAUCUAAUAAACAAUCAUUAUUACAUAAUUAUCAAUCGAAAUCUAAAAUAUUUUCUAUUAAAAAUACAUGUUAUCAAUUAAUAUAUAAUUUAGGGUUAUUUUUACGUUGUUUCUUAACAUUAUUAUGUUUAUUACCAUCAUGUUUAUUUCAUUGGUUGCUAUGUGGUUAUGGUGUUAGUGGUGGUGGUGGGGGGGGGGGGGGGUGGUGGUGGUGGUAAUCAAAAAAUUAAAAGAAUUCAACGUAGUCAUAGUUUUUUAUUUUAUUUAUAUGUUACUAUCAAAUUAUUAUAUUUAAUAAAUAUAAUUGGACAAAUCUAUUUACUGAAAAUAUUUCUUGGUGUCAAAUCAUAUUUUUUUGGUAUUUAUGUAUUAAAAGAUUUAAUCUAUGGGAAUAUAUGGAGUGAAACAGGACAUUUUCCACGUGUAACCUAUUGUGAUUUUGAAGCGAAAAAAUUAGGAAAAAAUUAUAAAUAUACUUUACAAUGUGUAUUACCAUUAAAUUUAUUUUUAGAAAAAGUUUAUGUUUUUUUAUGGUUUUGGUAUCUAUUUAUUGGUUUAUUAACAUUUUAUAGUUUAAUCAAAUGGUUAUCACGUUUAACUCUAUCUAAGAAACGUAUUAAAUUUAUUAAAAAAUUUUUAUAUUCUUAUCAAUCAAUUAAUCAAUCAAUAAAUCAAUCAAUAAAUCAAUCAAUAAAUCAAUCAAU